AUGCGGUACUUCCCGGAGGUCAUGGCUGGAUUCCGGCAGGGCAGGUCAUCCAUCGACAGCGUGAUCGAUAUCGUCUCUAGUGUUCAGCAAGCGCGGUCUGAAGGGCAGCUCACAGCAGCAGUUUUCCUAGACGUCAUGAAAGCAUACGAUAGCGUCUUCCACAGCGCCGUCGUCGCAACUCUGCAAGAAUCUGGUGCAGGCGCCCGAGCUGUCUCCUGGGUCCGGGACUUCCUAUCUGAUCGCACCCUUUUUGUGCGCACUGCCCACGGCGACACAGCUCCCUUCCCGGUAAGCCGCGGGGUGCCGCAGGGCAGUGUGUUGAGUCCAUUGCUGUUCAACCUUGUCAUCGCCUCACUCGCCGCACACCUACCUGCCAACGUCAAGAUCACAAUUUACGCAGACGAUGUCUGCAUUUGGACUUCAGGCACCCGGAGAGACGCGAUUCAGCGGCGCCUGCAGCAAGCCCUCGACGUCAUUGAGCUAUAUCUCGCCAACAGAGGCCUACGUGUCUCCACAAGCAAAACAGUCGCCAUGACGUUCACCAACCGCUCAUUUAAAAACUACCCACUCUACGUCGCGGGAACGCCACUUGAUUUCGUCCCCCGCUACAAAUAUCUCGGGGUCAUCGUAGACAAACGGCUGUCAUGGUUCCAGCACAUCAAGGCCCUCUCUACCAAGACGAAGAAAUUCGUGAACGUGCUACGGCGCAUCUCUGGAGCGUCGUGGGGUCCCUCGUGCAGUGACCUCCGACACGUCCAUAACGCACUUGUGCUGGGGCUGCUACGGUACCACCUCCCAGCGCUCCACGGGAUCAGUAGGACGGGUGAGCAAGACCUCCUCAAUGCCCAAGCGCGCGGCCUCCGGGUAUGCCUUGGACUGCCACGCACGGCUGAAACCUACACCGUACUUGCGGAGGCGCAAGAGACGCCCGUGCAUAUUCUACGGGACCGAGAGACGCUCCGCAUCUUUGCGCGAUUCGUCACGCAGCACCCUUGCCACUACCUGCUGUCCAUUGAGGAUGCCCGCCCCGCAUCGGCCUUUGGCGGCGCCGUCCGCCGUCUUAAGGCUAUCCUCCCGGAUCGCUCCUCAGGUGUAUCCUACGCCCCUCCUUUAUGGGCCCUUGCCAAGCCCCAGGUAUUGACCAGCGUCCCUGGCCUAGGCCGAAAGAGGGAGACGCCGUUAGCCGUUACGCGUCAGCUCGUCCUCGAAUACCUAUCGACGCAUCAUCAACAUCGUCAAGCGAUCUAUGCAGACGGAUCCGUCACACUUGAUGGGGCCACUGCAGCCAUCUACGUUCCUCAAGGUAACGUCGAGCAAGCUUUCAGGCUCUCCCAUACCACCUCCUCCACCGAAGCCGAGCUCUUCGCAAUCCACGCGGCCCUCCGGCACAUCACGACAUCGCCCCCAGGAACCUGGACGAUCCUGUUCGACAGCAAGGCGGCACUGGAGACACUCGACUCAUACUGCACCAAAACAACGGACGACCUACACACAAUGGCAAUGUCCCUAGCCAACACCGCCCUUACUUCCGGCCACAAUAUAUGUCUCCAGUGGAUACCCAGCCACAUUGGCCUCGGCGGGAACGAUCGAGCAGAUGCUGCGGCCGGGCGUGCACACGAGCAACCCGACGCCGCGGCGCGCAUACCGCUCACCCCUUCGGCUUGCCGCAUCCAAAUCCGCCGCUGGGCCGCCCAAGAGGCGCGGUGCUUCAUUCGAGAACCCGCCCGUUUCAACGACUUCCUUCGCUCCAUCGACCCGGCGGUGGAGUUCUCCCCACCACGACGUCUCCAAAGACCACAAGAGACGCUCCUCCACCGACUGCGCCUCAACUUGGCAUACACGCCACCGGUCCAGCGCAUGAUGGGGAGUCAGAUCUCGGCCCUCUGCGAUGCUUGCGAAGUGGUUGCGGACACAUCGCACCUCCUGUUGACCUGCCCCAAGUACACCAACCAUCGGGCUACCCUUUUCCGCUGCCUCGAACGUUUCGGGCACAACCAGCUCACGCUGGCCGCACUUCUUGGUCCUGUGCCUCAGCACCAACAACGAAACCGGUGGAUUAGGGUCUCCAUGGGCCGCAGAAGCGAGGCUGGGACCACGAACGAAAAGUCUGGGUGUAUGCUGGUCAGUGGCGGCCUUCCAGAAUCACUGUGCCACGGGUCUCUGCUUAGUCUCUUCGUCAAAGUAGACAACAUUAAGCGGGUGUCAGAGGGAGUAAAAUACACCUUACGAACGGGACCGGACUGA